AUGUUUAGAGUCACACCUCGAGCAACAUUACCAUGGUUGAAGGUUUUAUCACAAGCACAUGUUUUGUCUCCAGUUAGAACAUUCAAAUUACCCAGUAUAUUUAGUGCUGUGAAAAGAGCCAAUGAAAUAGAUGAAAAGUUCACAAAUCUAGCUGAACGUCCUAUAGACUAUAAGGUUGGGGAAAUUAUAAAACAAGUCGAUAAAGAACCAGAGUUAUUGUUUCAAUUAGGGUUUUUCUUUUACGAGUGUAAACGAAUUGGCAUCACUCAAGAUCUUAUAAAUAAUAGAAAACGAGGGGUUUUGUAUUGGCCAAUAUUCUUUGGUAAUCUAAUACCGUUGAAUCGAGCAUUUUGGGAUACAAUGCAUUUAAUGAACAAAGCACAACAUUCACAUAGACUUAAUCCGUUCAAAAUAAAUGAGAUUGGUUUGUUGGAUCCUAAAAACUUCCCAUCUGAUUUCUAUAAGCAAUUGCUAACUGGGAAAUAUAAUGGAAUAGAUUUUCGUGAUACUAAGGUUUUCUCAAUGUCAAGACCCCAAUGGGAGGAAUCAAAAGAUACUGUGUGA